UCUUUCUUCAUUUCUGUUUGCAUGUCGUCAGAUGAAAAAAACAAUCCACAACAUGACUACGAUCCUUUCCAGGGAUUCAACCGAUCAACUUUUCCCUUCUUUGACGAAAACUAUCCUUCCAUUUACAACCGAGCUGCAGCUCCAACACCAGCAGCGAUACAGGCCUUCGAUCCUUCAUACAUGAGCUUCACCGACUGCUUUAAUGGCGGCUCCAUCAUCGACUACAACUCCUUUUCGAGAGUUGUAGACGUCUCUUGUUCUUCAUCAGAUGUUGUUAGUCACAUGGAUGACAGUACUGCUACUAACACCAAGAAAAUUGGCGUUUCUGCAGAGAAUUCAGUGGGGGAUGACAAUCAUAAUCAGAACCAUAAUAUUUCUGAAGAAAACCCAUCAACACCCAAUUACUCAGUGUCUUGUUCCUCUAAGGAAGACGAAGAUUCAAGCAAUGGUAAGAAAGAGAAGAAGCCAAAAGGGCCUGAAGAUCAUGGAGAUGACAGGUCAAAGAAAGUGUAGAAGGAGAAAGAGAAAAAGGAGCCGAGGUUUGCAUUCCUCACAAAGAGUGAGAUUGAUAAUCUUGAAGAUGGUUACAGGUGGAGGAAGUACGGACAGAAGGCCGUCAAGAAUAGCCCCUAUCCAAGAAGUUACUACAGAUGC